AUUAUUUUUGUCUACUGCUCGACGUACCAGUGCAAGAUGCCCAUAUAUUGUAUUGCUUUUGGAUGCAGGAACAAAGCGAAUAUCAAUAGGGAUAUUGGAUAUUUCAGGUUCCCGAACAGGAAGUGUGAAAGUGAACGGCGACAAAGGUGGACAGCACAUGUCGCAGAAAUAACAGCGAUGGGACGCCGUGGAAUCCAACGGUCCCAAAUGUUUACAUUUGCGUUUUUAUCUACUUUGAUCCACAAUAGCCAGAAACAGGAUAUGGAAUAUCAAUGGAAUGGUAAUGGCCAGGGAAUGCAUGGUUGCAAUUCAACAGGUUAUUGGCAACCAAGACCAAUGUUUCAAUAUCAACCAACACGUCAUUUUCCUCCCCCUCAACAAAUUUGGAAUGGCUUUCAAGGAAAUCCAUGGGAACAACCAUAUAGACAAUUUAAUCCGGGACCAAUACAUCAUGUCAGACAUCAAUUUCCUAAUAAUCAUAAAAAUAAUAAGAAAAAUAAAUCCAGGGGACAAAAGGAACAAGUAUUUAUAGACUUUUGUGAUGUUUGUGACAGAGGCUUCAAAACUGAAGCAAAAAAAAAUGAACAUUUCAGUCAACAUAUCAAAUGUGACGAGCCAGGUUGCAAAUUUGAAGCACAUUUCAAAAUUGUUUUCCAUUCAUAACAAAAUGCACAUGGGCCUAAUGCUCAUAAAAUAAAGUUGGAUACACCUGAGGAAAUAGCAAGAUGGAGAAUGGAACGUAGAAAAAAUUAUCCGACAGCGGCAAAUGCAGAACUCAAGUUAAAGAAGUCACAAGAACGGCUAAUAAAUGGGAAUGUUCUGAAUAACAAAGAAUUUGGUAAAAUGCGGAAAAGAAAAGGGUGCAACAAAUCUUCGGUAGAUAAGAAUUCCAACUCAACCGAAGCUUUUCAACAUGGUAAAGUUGCAAAAACCGAAGAUAAUGACAAAAGAAAACAUACUAAUCUUCUGAUAAGCAAUGGUUCAGAUGAUUUGAGUGAUUCUGAUUCUCUCAAUGAAUCCAUGGAUACAGAAAUGGUCAGUGAUUCCAAUAUGAAGGCAAAUCUUUCAGUUGGCCUUGGAUCAUUGAUGCAAAGUUUCGCCAGUGAUUCUGAUGAGGAGAAACCUGAUAGCAAGAUUUCAGUGGGGAAUGUUGAUAUGAAAACUGUUUUUCCUAAAAAUGAACUUCCAGAUGCAUCCUUCCACUCAGAGAAUAAUAUACAAUCAAACGAAUCGACCAAGAAGGGUAAAGUCUCGUCACCUGGCGCAGUCCAAAAGGAAAAUAGAGAAUAUCAAUCGCCGAGAAGGAAUAGAUCGAAUGGACAAAAUUUCGUGAGAAAAAAUAUGCCUAAAAACAAAAGAAAAAAUUUGUUAGAAAUGUUGCUUGCCCCUGAUAUUAGAAGAGAAAGAAACCAUAUUUUACAGUGCGUUAGAUUUAUUGUACAAAAUAACUUUUUUGAAAAUGAUGACCAUUCCAUCGAAAAUUAAAUUGAGCUCUCUAA